UUGGCUUUUGCCGUUUUGACCUGUUCCCGUUUUAAACGUUGACAGGAAAAUGGAUGAGGGCGAAAUAAGCAAAACUGACUCCCUCAAUACGCCUGCAUUUCAAAAUCCAGAAGUAGACACGACUGAAAUAUUAUCAACGGAAUGUGUGGCAUCAGAAGGAAAAUCAGUGCGACAGAAUACCUGCUCAGUCUGUGGUGCAUUUGGUCACAACAAGAAAUUCCACAAGAAAAAAUGCAAAAUCUGCCAUACAAGUGGUCAUGUUAGCUUUCGUUGUCCAAACAAGUCAACUGCAAAAGAGGCUGGGACAUCAUCUUUAAAAAGCAUUGACGAACUACAUUUUCCAGAAAGAGAAAGGCGGGGGACUAAGCAAGAUUUAACUCAAGGGGAGAUGGAUAUUACAGCCAGGGUGUUAUUGUGCUGUCACAAUGAAAAGAAAUGGAAAGAGAUACAAUCAAUAAAAGAUAUAAGUCAGCGGGCUUCAAUGUAUACAGGAAUAUCCAAAGCAACAUGCGCUUCAAUUUACAAACAACUAAAAGAGGGUCAUUGGCCCGAGAAAGGACCAUCAAAGAGGGGCAAGUAUGAUCGGGAAACACACAACCUGAAGAAAAAGCCAACAGAUACCAAAGAAACGAAGAAUAAUAAAACUAGACAUGGAAAACAAACUAGAGCCAAGAAUGCAAGCAAAGUUAGUAAAACGUCAACAGACGUGUGUUUGAGUAGUUAUGAUACUACUGUGAACAUGUCUCAAGCCCACCAAUUAAACGAAAUUACCGUGUCCACUUUACCUAUGCAAAUUACGUCUCAUCCUUGUCAGCAGAAUUACACGCUUCUCACCAGUACGAGCAAUAUGCAACCUGGUUCCAGUGUACUUUCUAACCUUCUCGGAACCCAGCAUUGCCCGCCAACUAUCUGUGAUCAGACGCAAUCGCAUUUUCAAGGGAUGGUUACGCAGACAGUUAGCAGCAUGCAACCGAAUCAGCAACAGCAAGUUCAACAACAUCAGCAUCAACAACAUCAACAGCAACAACAUCAGCAACAUCAAGUGCACCAACAGCAGGUACCACAGCAACAGUUAAAUCAGCAACAUCAAGUUGACACCUUCUACAUUCAAGUGCCUGUAUAAUAUUUAUUAUUAUUUUUGGAUUUUAUAUAUAUAAGUUUUUAUAUAGUACGUAUUUAUUUCAAGUAUUUAUAAGAGUUGCAGUGGUGGAUCCAGGAAUUUGAAAUAGAGGGGGUUGAGAAAGGCACUUUUAAAGAUGGAGGUUCCCGACUACCUCAGUUCCACCAUUGUUGGGCUAAGGUAUUAUGUUUUUUAUUUUUAGCACAGGUAAUUUUCUCUUUCAGAAGGAUGUCAUGGGUUCUUUACAGUGCACUCAAUAUAGUUUGUGUACAUAAGGUUAUACUCCUUAUCUGAAAAGAUUUUUACAACUACCCAAACCCGCUGACCUCUAAUAGCUGGAUUGCUCAUUGGCAGGAUUUAGUGAAGCUAUUGACGUCAUGUUGGGAAGCCCGAAACGUCAUAAAUGCAUCAUCACAACGCAUAACUUUAGAACCAGUGUGACGAUCACCAAGAAUGUGACAUAGCUUGCACUUUUGUAUGCUGCACAAAUAGGCAUGUUGAUUUGAAUAAUAAUGUGAAAAAAACAUUUUGUUAAAUUUUAUAUUAUUAAAAAGUAUUGCAAGAAUCAAUAUUUGUAACAAUAAUUUAAACAAAUGUAAACAACAACUUUUCUAGACUGGAACGUCACUUUGGCUCAUGUAUAUAUAGCAUCAGUGGCUUCACUUUUUUCUGUACAGUGAUUGGCCGAUGAGCAAUCCAGCUAAUAUACUAGAGAUCAGUGCCUGAACCAUAUCUAGAGGUCUCAAACUAGCGCUGAUGUAAAGGCUCUGCGUCAAACCACCUUAACUUCUUGACUGAGCAAUAACAACAUGUGAUGUUAUGUGCAUCUGAAAGUUAUAUGUAAAUGGUGUUGUGAAGCAUGUAGCUCAUAUAAUUCAAUUUUGUAAAAUGUAAGUGCUUAAACCAGCCCCAGAUGCUGCAAAUAUAAUAUGCUAUGUAUGAUGGUAUUCCUUCCAGCACACAACAUGCAAUAAUGUAGAAUUUUUAUAUUUGUGAUAUAUCAUAAAACAGUGAUAUUUUAAAUAAGGGAAAAUUAUGUUUUAUAUUAAUAAUAAUCAAGAAUGUGAAGUAUUUUCUAUUUUAUCAAACCAAGUAACUUGAACUAACCUGAAACCAGAUGAAUAUUUUCAACCAUGUUAGAGAUAAUAAUCAAGAAUUUCUGAACUAUUAUAUUGUAAUAACAAUUUAUAUUAAUUGUUGCUAUAUAAAUUUGAAAUAAGGUUAUGUAACUCAUAUUCACAUAUUAAAGUAGUUGAAUAUGUAACAUUUAACACACUUUUUAAUUAUGUGUAAAUACUUUAUAUUUUCAAGAAGUUUUGAAGAUUUUUUGUGGUGCUUUUUAUAAAUAUAAGUUAUUCUGUAGACAGUUUUCAACGGUCAGAGAUAUGCGUUCAUGCAAUGAUAAUUUUAAAACUCAAUAAUGCAUUCUUAGAUCGUCCAUUUAUUUUCAUAAAUAAUAAUAAUAAUUUAUCCCAUGUUCAAAGUAAACAUUUUACCUGUGAUAUUUCCAUAUAUGGGUGACAUUAUAGGAAGCUUGGCGUCCCAAAACCAGCAUACUUAUCCUAAUUGUUAAACUAACUAAUUAGCAUAAGAAUGUGGCAAAGAAGCCAUAAUACUUGCGUUGCGUUAAAAUUUCUUUGCUUUUUGUAAUUUGAUGCCAGAUUCAAGAAACAUUUCUGUUUAUGUAUUUUUAUAUGUGAAUAGACCAAUAAAGCUUAUCUUAUCUAAUUUUCAUCAACUUUGGCAAUAGUAAAUCGAUGCUAGUAAAUAACCCAUCAUUUUAAAGCUUAUUGUAUAAUGUGGGGAAUUGGAACAUGUUAAGAAGUUAAUUUUCAUGUUUUUGUCACCGAUGCUGGUUUUGGCAUGGCAAGCCCAUACAGUAUAUACACAUGAAUAUGCAAAUUCGAGGAUAAUAUGCUACUAGAGACAUGAAUAUGCAAAUUUGAGGAUAAUAUGCUACAGUACUAGAGAAAUAGACUGUCGUUCUUUACUUGGUGAACAUUUCUUAAAAUGUUGGAUUUUGCAUUACAAAUAAAGAAAUCUGACAAAA